UAUUAAGUUUAUCUGAGUCCUAUGUAAGUUAUCUAUAACACCUAACCCUAACCCUAACCCUAACCUUGUAAAUUUGGGUUGAUGGUUUGGUUUCGAUUGACCUUGUUAGGCUGACAUCUUGGGUUAGGUUAGUUCUGAUAAUUAGCGGGUAGGUACGAUUUAUCUUUGUAUGGUUUUGAAUAUGGAUUGGUUGUAAACUUGUAAUUGGUUUGUUUGAUGGGCAAAGAAACCCAUAGGACUACAGAAGUUCAGUGAACCCGUCCAAAAAAGUCCAAAUUUCCAUUUACUGUUUAAGCCAUAGAAGGAAGAGAAGGGGACACUUCGACUGCAGCAAAAAUGGAGUGCGCGGCAAAAGGGCGAGGCACUCGAUGCGUUGGCCCAGCAAUAAGGCGCUGUGCUCGUUGCGGUGCUGUAGCCUAUUGUUCACUCUCUCACCAGAUUUCUCAUUGGAGUGAUCACGAGCAAGAAUGUGAGAGGUUAGAGGUACAAAUGAGAGAUGCUGAUAUACUGAACACAUUUCCGUUCACAUUUUCUGAGGAAGCUACACUUCAGAUUUUGAAAGAAAAGGAGAGUAGAUGUACAUUUUUGUCAAAAAGGAACAUACAUCAGAGAGGAAUUUGGUCAUGUGAAUGCUCUUGUGGGGUUUCCAACACCAAUCAUAAGUCAAUCAAUUGUUGGAACCUUCCAAGCACAUUGGUCCCUUGUUCUGAUCCUAUAUCUCCAUUGUCAAAACAGUUAAGCUGUUGGAAGGAAUACUAUGAAUGGAGAUCCAUCUCGUUAGAUUCACCUGUUGCUUUGCUGCUUCAUUGGCCCUUAACAAUUUACCAUGCUCUCCAACUUAAUGAUAGUAGAAUACGGAGUAGAGAUGUUAGUAAACAUAUCAACAUCCAUUAUCUUGGACCUGAUAAGGAGCUUAUUCAACUUGCUGUCUUUGGGGAAUUGCUUGCGCUUCUCCCGGACUAUGACGUACGUAUAGAUUUUGUUGGACCGGCAAUUCCAGAGUAUAGGGAUGGUGAAAAGACUUAUCUCCAUAGCUAUGUGUGUUGUGAUGAUAGAGAUUGCGAGUGCAAGUAUCCUAGUGAGGCUAGUUGUGGUAGUGUGGUGACGUUGCAGCUUCUUAAAGGUUUUUAUCAUGAUAGGUUUAAAGAUCUAAUGAAGGAUUCCUUUCCACAUCUGAUCAUCGCCCCAAAUGCUGGAGUUGCAGCUUAUCCAAGCUGGAUGGAAACAGUUGAGUUGAUUCAUGGGCUGAAUACUCCAGCUGUUUUUACCGACUUCUGUGAAGAAGCUGCUCAUCUAGCUGCUUGCUGUCUGAGCAGCGCAACAGGCUGCAAGCUGGCACUUCCUGUCCAGUUAAAUCCAUUUAGGCAACCAAUAGCUGUAGAAGAGACUGCAUUGCAUGUCCCUUGCUAUUCCAAUUGCUUCCUGUUUGGGAUAUAAAAUGGUACCAUCGAAAGUGAAGCCUUGAGAGAAAAGAAGGAAAGAAGAGAACUCAUUAUGUGGAACCGAAAGACCAAGAGGAAUUGGGUUGAUUAAGGCAUUUGGAUUGUGUUUCUCAUGUUCAUUCUGUUGAUUAUUCCCUAUUUCAGGAAAUAAUGCACAGUGAGUUCAUUCCAUUGCUGUUGACUGCUGAGUUUGGGGUUGUGAAUGUCAUGGUAAAGUGUGAUUACAUAGUGUGGCUGAUGCUGUUAACAAGAAGAGUUGAUAUAUGCUGCUGCAACUAUACACUUUCCUAGUGUUUUUGUUGUCGGAAGGGGCAUGGGUUCCCCACAAGUGAGCUGUUGGUGGGAAACUGGUAGGAGAACUAGCUUGUGAUUUCCCCUUGUGGUGUACCAUCUUACGAACUUGAUUGAAUUAAUGAUACUAGCUAAUUGCCUCGUCAAGGUUGCUCUCAACUAGAGAAAGGCACAGUGCUAAGGUCAAGGAUAUUGUUUCAUCAUGUCAAGAAUAUAGUCAUGAUGUAGAUUCAUUUCUUAUUAAGCAUCAUAAUUAUAAUCCCUGUGAAUAAUGACUUGAGCAAGCAAGCCGAUAGAUUUUAUAAUAUAUGUCCAAUUUUGUGCUUUUAGUUCAAGAUUUAAAAGCUGAAAUAGGAAGAUUUGGAGCUGGGGUCUAAAGAAAACCUGAUUGAAAGUUAAUUCA